AUGGCGGUUGAUGAAGUAAGCAUAUUCAUAGGUGUUGCUUCUCUUACUGUUUCAGUCUGGUGGUUCAUAAACAAAUUUACAUACCUUGAAGCUGUUCCAACUUCCAACGCGAUUCCAAUCCACAGCGUUGCGGUUAGAGUAGGAUCAACACAAAGAGUAGUGAUGGAGAUCAUAAUCACAUUCGCAUUGGUCUACACUGUUUACGCCACAGCCAUUGACUCCAACAAUGGCACUCUCGGAACCAUCGCUCCACUUGCUAUCAGACUCAUCGUUGGUGCUAACAUUCUUGCAGCCGGCCCAUUCUCUGGUGGUCCAAUGAACCCUGGACGUUCUUUUGGAUCAUCUCUUGCCGUUGGAAAUUUUUCAGGACAUUAG